CUUUCUCCUUUAUGUCCACCGUCAUGCACUUUAAUAUUGUGAUAUUAAAAUGUUUUUUUUUGCUACCACUGUUACAAAAUUAUGGUAAAUUGACAUAUGUUGGCUUUUCCAGUUAUAGAGUCAUAGACUAUGGUGAAAUGAAUGAACAGUGAGGGAGUGAGUAAAGUUAUGAUAAGCUAUGGCAAAGUGCUGAAAAUAGAAAACUGAUGAAUUGAUCUGUGGAAAACGAAGAGAUAUUGAGGAAAUAAUGAACGAACAUAAUGAUCUAUUGGACUGAAAUUUUGAAGUAAUGGUUAGGGUUAGGAAUUAUUGUUCCAUUUCGAAACCGGUGAUUUGGAUCUGGUUAAUAUCUGCACUUACCUUUUAUCUUCUCUUUCUUAUGGCAAAUCGCAAUUCCAGAGAGUGGUCUAUCUCAAAUGCGGAGCAGAGGUCUAGAUUGUAUGAAAAGAUGGAGAAAGACUUGGAGGAUCACGGAGCUGCUUUCGUCAAACAGGGAGAAACUACUCAAUCACUUUCCCUGUCAGAUCUGUUUAUUCUCAAAGAUGGAGUAGUCACUCCUGUACUCAAGGCUGCAAAUCCCCCUGUGCGAGCGAAUGUUUUGUAUCUCAACCCAGAGUAUUCUAUCCCUAUUGCGGAUGCUGUGAGAUCUAUAUUCUCGCCACAUUUUGAUAAAGCAAUUUGGUUUCAGAACUCUAGUUUAUAUCACUUCAGCAUGUUCCACGGUUCCCAUCACAUUACUGCUGUCCCUGCUUCUGAAUCAGAGAUUGAAGCUGAAGCAAAUGCUGUUAGAGCUGUUUCUGAGUCAAUCUGCCCACUAAAAAUUACCCUAGACAGAGUGGUUCUGACAUCAACUGGGGUGUUAGUAGGUUGUUGGCAGGUGGACUCUGGAAGUGAUCCAGUAACUAUCAGACAAAAAUUGAGAAAUGCUCUUCCACAUGCACCUGCAAAGCAACUUUAUGAUGCUGUAAUGCUUCAUACCUCAUUUGCCAGACUUCUUGGACACCCUAGUAGUUGGCCUGAGGCAAUUGUCGGUGAGCUUUGGUACGUUGAGGAAUAUGACAUAUUAGCUCUUGCGUUGGAUGGGAGAAUGAAAGUCCGCAAGUUCCAGCUUGGCUGUUCGAAAGUGUGAAUCAAUCUAUGAGAAUGGAGUAUUGAACCUUUCACCACUUGCUCCUGUGUGGCAAAGACAUUAACCUAUCGAUGGGGAUCAUACGAAUUCUGAUGUGCAGCAAUAUUCACUUCCACUAUAUAUACAAAGGAGCGCUAAAAGUUGGGAUAUUACAAUGUAUAGUUUGCUAUUCGAACAUUUUCUGCAUGAUAUUUUAAAUUUAUAAUAUAAGUUUGUUAAAAGUAUGUGGUUAACAUUUUCUAAUGUGUCAAGUCUUUGAUGUAGAAGUAAGUUGGUGUCAAAUCUACACCUACUAUUAUAAAAAUGAGCUGAAUUUUAUCUUA